UGCAGGGAGUUUAGCUCUCUUUUGAACUCCGGUGAGGGAAGGGAGAGUCCGAUCUAGAGGUGUGUGGUGAGUGAUCUGAUGUAAAGAUGUCUUCUGAGUGCAAUUAUGUUUUACUUCAUACUGGGCAAAAGAUGCCUCUUGUAGGAUUGGGUACUUGGAAGAGUGAAGCUGGACAGGUGAAGGAAGCAGUAAAGUAUGCCCUUAGCGUAGGUUAUCGCCACAUUGACUGUGCUCCAGCUUACAGCAACGAAGCAGAGAUAGGCGAUGCUUUCCAGGAGACGGUUGGCUCUGACAAGUCUAUUAAAAGGGAAGAACUGUUUGUGACAUCAAAGCUAUGGAAUACCAAGCACCACCCAGAAGAUGUGGAGCCAGCUUUAAAGAAGUCUUUGCACGAUCUGAAGUUGGAUUAUCUGGACCUCUACCUCAUGCACUGGCCACAUGCUUUUGAAAGAGGAGAUAACCUCUUUCCCAAAAAUCCUGAUGGCACAAUGCGUUAUGACUACACUGAUUACAAAGAAACUUGGAAGGCCAUGGAGAAACUAGUGUCAAAAGGCCUGGUGAAGGCCAUUGGGUUAUCCAACUUCAAUAAAAAUCAGAUUGAUGAUAUCCUUGGCAUUGCUUCUGUCAAGCCAGCUGUACUACAGGUGGAGUGUCACCCUUACCUGGCCCAGAAUGAGCUAAUAGCUCAUUGCCAUCAGCAAGGGUUGAUGGUAACUGCUUACAGCCCUCUUGGUUCACCUGACCGAAUGUGGAAGCACCCAGAUGAGCCAGUGCUGCUGGAAGAACCUGGGAUAAAGGAACUGGCAGAAAAAUAUGGCAAAUCUCCUGCUCAGAUUCUCCUCAGAUGGCAGGUGCAGCGGAAAGUGAUCAUCAUUCCCAAGAGUGUUACCCCUGCACGCAUACUCCAGAAUCUCCAGGUGUUUGACUUCCAUCUGACAGCUGAAGAGAUGAGCUUUAUUGGGAGCCUGAAUAAGAACUGGCGAUACAUUGUGCCAAUGGUUACGGUAGGAGGAAAACUGGUACCAAGGGACGCUGGACAUCCUCUCUAUCCCUUCAAUGAACCUUACUAACUCUAGAAAUUUAUCAAACAGAAGUCUUCUUAUGAUCACAUAUUAGAUUUUAAACAUGCAAAUAAAAUGCAUUGUUUUUCUGGAA